GUGGAGGCUUUCGCUGUUUUCCGCCGCACGUGCUGGAGCCGCCACCCCCGACGGGGAUGCUGCCGAGAUGGAGCUUUGUUAUGGCCUGGCACCUGCAUGUUCAAAUCCGGAAGGUCCAUUUUCUUUCUCCUCGUGACUACGCGACGUCGGUCGAUUCCUCGGUUCCUGGUGGCCUCUCCGGUUCUGUUGGUAUGGCCUGCCCCCAGCAACCUAAUCGGCCCGCGAAUUUUGUGCAAGGUCUACCCCUCAUUUCCUCGGGGAUGUCGGAGCCGGGCGGUUCCCUGCGGGACUCACCCCGGAAACUUGGGGUCGGCUAUACCCAAUGCAACCCCGGUUCCGAUUUCCCGAGCGUGAUGCGCACCACUCGAGAAGUUGGCUUGCACGCGAUGCCCGGGGUCUACCAGUCCAGAACGUUGCAGUCUAGCGUUGGCGAGAUGACAGCUGCUGCAACGGUGUGCUCGUUGACAAGGAGCCCCUGCAGUCGACUGAUCUGGGGUAACCGCCCGGGCAACGGUACCAGACCGUCGGGCCUAUAAGAGGAGACACCCCGUUGGCGGUGUUAUCGUACAUGGCCCUCUCAGCUCAUCGGCAGCCCAUAGCCACUCAUCAACAUGGCUUCCGAAAAGUCCCCCGACGUCACCGACAAUGCAGACCUGAACCAGGCCGUGCAGAUGGCCCACGAGGUUGACAACACAACCUACUCGCCGUGGACCUGGGCCAUGUGCCGCCUGUACGUGGUGCUGGCCUGCGCCUACCUGUGCGGCUGUCUCAACGGCUACGACGGCUCGCUGAUGGGCGGGCUUAACGGCAUGGAGUCAUACCGCGAGUACUUUGGCACCCAGGUCGACGGCGAGAGCACCGGGCUCACCUUUGCCAUGUACAACAUCGGUAGUCUGGCUGCCAUCUUCUUUACCGGCCCCGUCAACGACUGGCUCGGCCGUCGCGCCGGCAUGUUUGCGGGCGCCGUCAUCAUCAUCAUCGGCACCGGCGUCCAGGCGACAUCCACGCACGGCCAGCAGUUCCUGGCUGGCCGCUUCGUGCUGGGUUUCGGCGUCUCGUUCUGCUCCGUCUCGGCCCCAACCUACGUCAGCGAGAUCGCGCACCCAAUGUGGCGCGGCACUCUGACUGGCCUGUACAACUGCACGUGGUACAUUGGUGCCAUCAUCGCGUCGGCCGUCGUGCUGGGCUGCUCGUACAUCCCGGGCCUGGAGGCCUGGCGCAUCCCCGUGUGGUGCCAGCUGUGCACGUCGGGCGUUAUCGUGCUCUGCGCCUUUCUGCUGCCCGAGUCGCCGCGCUGGCUCAUGGCCAACGACAAGGUCGAGGAGGCGCGCCGUGUGCUGGCCAAGUACCAUGGCGAGGGCGACGAGGAGCACCCGCUCGUCAAGCUGCAGCUGCAGGAGAUGUCGAUGCAGAUCCGCGCCAACGCCACCGACAAGCGCUGGUGGGAUUACAGCGCCCUGGUCAACACGCGCCCGGCCCGUCGCCGCCUCAUCUGCGUGCUGGGCAUGGCCAUUUUUGGCCAGUCGUCGGGCAACAGCCUGUCGUCGUACUACAUGGCCGCCGUGCUCAAGACGGCCGGCAUCACUGAGGAGAAGAAGGUGCUGGCCCUCAACAUGGUCAACCCGAUCCUGUGCUUCUUUGGCGCUGUUUUGGGCGCCCGCAUGACCGACGUGCUCGGCCGCCGCCCUCUGCUCAUCUACACCAUCCUGUUUGCCUCGGUCUGCUUUGCCAUCAUCACGGGCACCUCCAAGAUGGCCACAGACGAGUUCGCCACGGACCUCGACGCCAAGUCGGCGGCGGCCAACGCGACGGUUGCCUUCAUCUUCAUCUUUGGCAUCGUCUUCUCCUUUGGCUGGACCCCGCUUCAGAGCAUGUACAUUGCGGAAACGCUGCCGACCGAGACCCGUGCCAAGGGGACGGCUGUCGGCAACCUGGGCUCUUCCAUUGCCGGCACCAUCCUGCAGUACUCGUCGGGGCCAGCAUUUCAGCGGAUCGGCCACUACUUUUACAUUGUGUUUGUGUUUUGGAACCUGGUUGAGGCUGCUGUGAUUUACUUCUACUGGCCUGAGACCAAGGACAGAACCCUGGAGGAGCUCGAAGAGGUCUUUGCCGCCCCUGACCCGGUCAAGAAGAGUCUGGAGAAGCGCAGCGCCGAGACUGUGCUGAACACGCUGCAGGUGCAGGGCGAGAAGAACUUUGUGUUUGUGUAGUUUGCCGAAUCAACAUGCCGGGCGGGGUACCGUCCUACGGUCUACCCCUCACCUUGAUAGUCCAGUCCGGAACGUGCCGUGCCAUUUCCCCGCCCACCACACUGAGGUCAUGCUCACCAAGCAGACCCAGUCAGUCGUGCUCCGUAACCGGCCCACUUGAGGCUCCCCCGCGUCUUGUCCCGCGUCUUGUCUUCAUCACCUGUCGUCGUCU